AUGGCUGCCAAAUGGCUACGGCAGCGCACCCGGAGAGGAAGCAGGCAAGACGCGAAUAAUGUGCAUGCCCAAGCUGAUUCUCGGCAACACAAAGAUGAAAAAGGAGUUGAGGAGAGCAAAAGUACAGAGGCGGCACGUCAAGAUUCAGUGAGUCGUGGUGGACAAGUUUGGGCUCCAGAAGGCUCUACAGCCUUCAAAUGUUUGCUCUCUGCACGAUUUUGCGCAGCAUUACUGAGCAACAUCUCUGACUGCGAUGAGACAUUCAAUUACUGGGAACCUUUGCACUUCCUGCUCUAUGGCAGUGGGAUGCAGACAUGGGAGUAUUCUCCUUUGUAUGCCAUCAGAUCAUACGCAUAUUUAUGGUUACAUGCGCUUCCAGCUUGUUUGCAUGCCCAUAUACUGCAGACAAACAAAGUGUUGGUAUUCUACUUUGUACGAUGUGUCUUAGCUUUCUCAUGCUGUGUCUGUGAGCUCUAUUUUUACAAAGCAGUUUGUAAGAAGUUUGGUUUACACGUUGGUCGUCUGAUGUUGGCUUUCCUAGUCUUGAGCACCGGCAUGUUCUGCUCGUCUGCAGCCUUUCUGCCUUCCUCCUUCUGUAUGUACACAACACUGGUGGCCAUGACUGGAUGGUUUCAGGAUUCCACUCCUCUGGCUGUUUUGGGUGUUGCUGCUGGUGCAAUUGUUGGAUGGCCGUUCUCUGCUCUCAUUGGUUUACCAAUUGCAUUUGAUUUACUGGUGCUCAGGAGAGAGUGGAAGAGCUUUAUUAUCUGGACACUUGUUGCCUUAUUUCUACUUUUGGUACCUUUGAUGGCUGUAGACUCAUUCUUUUAUGGCAAACUGGUUGUUGCUCCUCUCAAUAUUUUGUUGUAUAACGUCUUCACACCACAUGGACCUGAUCUGUAUGGAACGGAACCAUGGCCUUUCUACUUCGUAAAUGGAUUUCUGAACUUUAACUUGGUGUUUGCUCUGGCUCUGUUUUCUCUGCCACUUACUGCCCUCAUGGAAACAUUGUUGCACAGAUUUAAUGUACAAAACCUGGGCCGUCCAUACUGGCUGACUCUGUCCCCAAUGUAUUUGUGGAUGUUGGUUUUCUUCACCAGACCUCACAAAGAAGAACGCUUUCUUUACCCAAUCUACCCGCUCAUCUGCCUCUGCGGAGCAGUUGCCCUGUCAUCUCUCCAGAAAUGCUAUCACUUCCUGUUUCAGCGCUAUCGAUUAGAGCAUUAUACGGUCUCUUCAAACUGGCUGGCCUUAAGUGCAGUUAUGGCUUUUGCGGUGCUCUCUCUGUCUAGAUCCGUGGCUCUCUUCAGAGCCUAUCAUGCUCCUCUAGAUCUGUAUCCAGAGUUUCACCGCAUCGCCAAAGACCCCACUCUGCACUCUGUUCCCGAAGGCCGGCCUGUGAGUGUGUGUGUGGGAAAAGAGUGGUACCGCUUUCCCAGCAGCUUCCUCUUACCCCACGCUUGGCAGCUUCACUUCAUUCAGUCAGAAUUUAAGGGGCAGCUACCUCAACCAUUCUCGCCUGGACCUUUUUCAACACAGAUGAUCCCUGACAAUAUGAACGACCAGAACCUUGAAGAGCCAUCCCGAUAUGUAGAUUUAAGGCACUGCCAUUACUUGGUUGACUUGGAUUUAGAAGAAGAAACACCACUUGAGCCACGCUACUCUUCAAAAGACGAGUGGAAUAUUAUUGCAUAUAAACAGUUCCUUCAAGCAUCAAAGUCAUCUUCUAUCUUUAGAGCCUUCUACGUUCCCUUCAUAUCAGAUCACCACACCACCUACAGACGCUACGUUAUUUUGAAACCCCGGCGGCAAAAGCAGAGUCGUAAGCGGAGCCAUGGAUAA